AUGAAGUUCACUCUACCGGAGAACGCCUUCCCGCCGCUGAACUUGACCAAGGAGCAGCAGAACGCGCUGAUCCAGGAGGCCGAGGCGGUAGUUCGCGAGACUCUGGAGGAGAACGAGGCGUUCUUCGCUGGCGGGUCCAAGUUUUCCAACGAUAAAUGGAGAUUGGUGCGCGCCAGGGACGGACUCAAUGUGUAUCGCGAACGUAGACCCCAGUCCACCAUGAGCACGGACGUAGAAUCUUCUACCUCUUCCGUUUUGGCGAAGAACAAGCUCAUGCAGCGCCCCGUGAUGGUUCUACACGGAACGGUGGAUGGUUCACUGGACGACUGCAUGUUCGGCACCUUCGCGUCUACCGACGAGGCCUGGAAGUGGCGCAGCUCGCACAUCAACGACCGCCUGGACGACGCUCGUAUCCUCGCCACCAUCCGCAAGCCGACGCACGACGAUCCGUUCCAGUUCCUCGGUAUCAAGUGGUUCGCCAAGGAGCGGCCGGCCGUGCUCUCGAGUAUCAUGCAGCAGCGCGACUACCUCAUCAUGGAGGCCACGGGGCUCACCAAGGACUCCAAGGGCGAGAAGGUCGGGUACUACCUCAUGCACUCCAUCUCCCUCCCGGGUGUCCCCGAGUUGACGGAUCUCGGCAUCAUCCGAGCAAAGCUGAGUCUGUGCUUCAUCGACCGACAAAAGGGACCGGGCAAGGUGGAGAAGUACUGCAGGAACUACAGCGACCCCGGAGGCAAGAUCAUGGACCGCGUGGCUGCUGCAGUGGGCGCUGAAGCCAUCAUCAGCGCCUCCAAGGUGGUCGACUACGCGUACGUCAAGAAACUCACGUGGCUGAUGAAGGAGAAGGGCGCGCCUCCACGCGGCUCGGACCGGGCCGGGAUGCCCCGACCCAAGCGCUGCGAGACGUGCUUCAAGAACUUCAGUAAGUUCGCCAUCACUGCCGUCAGCUCCGAGUGCGCGAUUUGCCGCCGCGCCAUGUGCGCCAAGUGCAGCGUGAUCAAGAAGAUGACGGUGGACGUGUCCAAGACGGGAGCGGUCAGGCAGUGCACACUGCGCUUCUGCUUGAACUGCUUAAUGGAGGCCAAGGACAAGUCCGUGUGGGAUAUGGCGCUCAGCGGCGUGGAGACUGCGUCCGAGACGUCGUCCACUCCAGGCUCAGGUUAUCGGUAG